AAGCCUUUGCAGUACCUAGCCUGUGCGAAAGAGGACUGACUGGAGGUGGCCUCGGCAGAGGAGGGUGAAGUGGGAGGAGUGAGAUGUGGGGAAGAGGAGAUGCCAAAAUUGACUUUCAGGCUCCGGAAGCCUACAGAUCUCAGCCUCCGCUGCUUUUGAGUUGCAAAUGAUCUGGGAGUGGUGGGUUGCACGCAGCCCGUGACAUUGCCUGGAAGAAGACUUCCAUCUUUCAGUCACUAGUUCCAACCGGCGGUGUGUUCUAGAAGGGGGUGGCAGCAGGGAGGAGGAUGCUCUGAGUGGAGUUCUUGAAGCUCCGCUCUUGGGGAAAGCCGGGCUGUGUGGGAGCUUUCUGACUGAGCGGAGAGCGUGUGAAUUGGAAAGGAUCCUGAGAGCUGGCUGGUCCCAGUUCCUCUCCGGAAGAGCUGUCGCUCUCGCUUCAGAGAUGCGCCUUGCCUUCGCCUGCAUCACGCUGCAUAUUUUAACACAUCAUUGAAACUACAAGUAUCCACAGCUGUUUCAUGUGGUCAGAUUGAAUAUGCUGAAAGCCUGAGCUAUGUCAUUAUGAAUCCCACUGUGUAGAAUCCGUGAAGCACAGAGUUCUGCACAACACUUGGAUAAAGAACCCCUCCACCGGUGUGUAAGGCACUCACCUACGCCAUGACAAACCAGGAGAAAUGGGCCCAUCUCAGCCCCUCAGAAUUUUCCCAGCUUCAGAAAUAUGCUGAAUAUUCUACAAAGAAAUUAAAGGACGUUCUUGAAGAAUUCCAUGGUAAUGGCGUGCUUGCAAAGUAUAAUCCUGAAGGGAAACAAGACAUUCUUAACCAAACCAUAGAUUUUGAAGGCUUCAAGCUAUUCAUGAAGACAUUUCUGGAAGCUGAGCUCCCUGAUGAUUUCACUGCACACCUGUUCAUGUCAUUCAGCAACAAAUUCCCCCAUUCCAGUCCAAACGUAAAGAGCAAGCCUGCUCUCCUUUCAGGGGGUCUGAGAAUGAAUAAGGGUGCCAUCACCCCUCCGCGUUCUUCUCCAGCUAACACAUGCUCCCCAGAAGUGAUCCACCUCAAGGACAUUGUCUGCUAUCUGUCUCUCCUUGAAAGAGGAAGACCGGAGGAUAAACUUGAGUUUAUGUUUCGUCUUUAUGACACAGAUGGGAAUGGCUUCCUGGACAGCUCGGAAUUAGAAAACAUCAUCAGCCAGAUGAUGCACGUUGCAGAGUACCUCGAAUGGGAUGUCACUGAGCUUAACCCGAUCCUCCAUGAAAUGAUGGAAGAAAUUGACUAUGACCGUGACGGCACCGUGUCUCUGGAGGAGUGGAUUCAAGGAGGAAUGACUACUAUUCCACUUCUUGUCCUACUGGGCUUGGAAAAUAAUGUGAAGGAUGACGGACAGCACGUGUGGCGACUCAAGCACUUUAACAAGCCUGCCUACUGCAAUCUCUGCCUGAACAUGCUGAUUGGCGUGGGGAAGCAGGGCCUCUGCUGCUCCUUCUGCAAGUACACAGUCCAUGAGCGCUGUGUGGCCAGAGCCCCUCCCUCCUGCAUCAAGACCUAUGUGAAAUCCAAGAAGAACACAGAUGUCAUGCACCAUUAUUGGGUUGAAGGCAACUGCCCAACCAAGUGUGAUAAGUGCCACAAAACAGUUAAAUGUUACCAGGGCCUGACGGGGCUGCACUGUGUUUGGUGUCAGACCACACUGCACAAUAAGUGUGCUUCUCAUCUGAAGCCUGAGUGCGACUGUGGACCUCUGAAGGACCAUAUUUUGCCGCCCACCACGAUCUGUCCAGUGGUAUUGCAGACUAUGCCCACUGCAGGAGUUUCAGUUCCUGAGGAAAGACAAUCAUCAGCUAAAAAGGAAAAGGGCAGCUCCCAGCAGCCCAAUAAAGUGACAGACAAGAACAAAAUGCAAAGAGCUAACUCUGUUACUAUGGAUGGACAAGGUUUGCAGAUCACUCCUGUUCCUGGCACACAUCCACUUCUAGUUUUUGUCAACCCCAAAAGUGGUGGGAAGCAAGGAGAACGAAUUUACAGAAAAUUCCAGUAUCUACUAAAUCCUCGUCAGGUUUACAGUCUCUCUGGAAAUGGACCAAUGCCAGGGUUACACUUUUUCCGGGAUGUCCCUGACUUCAGAGUGUUAGCAUGCGGUGGAGAUGGGACGGUGGGCUGGAUUUUGGAUUGCAUAGAAAAGGCCAAUGUAGCUAAACACCCUCCAGUUGCUAUUCUGCCUCUUGGAACUGGCAAUGACCUAGCAAGAUGCCUGCGGUGGGGUGGAGGCUAUGAAGGUGAAAAUCUGAUGAAAAUCCUAAGAGACAUUGAAAGCAGCACAGAAAUCAUGCUGGACAGGUGGAAGUUCGAAGUCAUACCCAAUGACAAAGAUGAGAAAGGAGACCCUGUGCCUUACAGCAUCAUCAAUAAUUACUUUUCCAUUGGAGUGGAUGCUUCCAUUGCACACAGGUUCCAUGUCAUGAGAGAAAAGCACCCAGAGAAAUUCAACAGCCGAAUGAAGAACAAAUUUUGGUAUUUUGAGUUUGGCACAUCUGAAACCUUCUCAGCCACCUGCAAGAAGCUACAUGAAUCCGUAGAAAUAGAAUGUGAUGGAGUCCAGAUAGAUUUAAUAAACAUCUCUCUGGAAGGAAUUGCAAUUUUGAAUAUCCCAAGCAUGCAUGGAGGAUCAAAUCUUUGGGGAGAAUCUAAAAAAAAAAGAAGCCAUCGACGGAUCGAGAAAAAAGGCUCUGACAAAAGACCCACGCUCACAGACGCCAAAGAGCUUAAGUUUGCAAGUCAAGAUCUGAGUGACCAGCUGCUAGAGGUUGUUGGCUUGGAAGGAGCAAUGGAAAUGGGACAAAUAUACACCGGGCUGAAAAGUGCUGGUCGGAGGCUGGCUCAGUGCUCCUCUGUGGUUAUCAGGACAAGCAAGUCGCUGCCAAUGCAGAUUGAUGGAGAGCCAUGGAUGCAGACCCCAUGCACUAUAAAAAUUACACACAAGAACCAAGCCCCCAUGCUGAUGGGCCCUCCCCCCAAAACUGGGUUGUUCUGCUCACUCAUCAAAAGAAGGAGGAACCGAAGCAAGGAGUGAUCCUUCCAUCAGGAGAAAUGUGACUAGUAUGGGCCAUGCAGCACUUUGAACCAUUUCAAGCCUCCUGCUCUGACAGAAUCAUGAAAUUCACAAUUUUUGUUAUUGAGUUGAUGUAAAAUUUGGCUAUUAGAAAAUGUGUUGUCUCUGUUUUUAUAUGUAUCUGCAUGAAAAGUAGAAGUUUAUAUGAUGUGACACUGCGUAUUUUAUAUGACGUGACAAACACUGUGUAUUUUAGUUGCAUGCAUUCCCAGAGGUUUCUGUCUCCCAUUCACAUCUUACCCCAUUUCCAUUUGCAAACUGUGAGGAAAACCUGUGAAAGAGCAAAGAAAUAUGAUGGUCAAUGAUUCAUGUUGUAAUUGCUGUCAUUGGCAAGCACUAAUAAGUAAGGCUGCAAUGAUCCAAAGUGCAAGCUGCCAUGCUUUGCCCUGCUAGAAUCAGUGUGUCCAUGAUAUUAGACCUGUGACUCAAAGCGAAGCUUAAAUCACAUAUUUGAUUAAGUAGUUGCCUAUGGUACCACGCUAUAUCUAAAUAGUCUUUCUUCAACAUCUUUACUCUUCUGAAUGGACAUUAAAAUAUCAGGCAUAAGAUUUUUUCUUGUGCUAAAAUAUAGAAAAUGUCUUAUGUUUAGCUUCAUUUUUCAUUCCAAAAAAUGAGUGAAAAUAUGUGACUGGUAGUAAUUGUGAUAAUAUAAAAAGCUUUAGUCCUUUCUGCAUGGGAAUGUAGACACAGAUGCUAACCACACUAGUAGCCAAAUAGAUGUUUUGAACUAUGUGCCUAAUGAAUCCGUUUCCCACCAAAGAAUCAGAAAAUUAUAGUUCUUAUGAGUUUGUGAAAAGAAAGAUGUCAGAAGAGAGUAAGUUAUCCACUUGUAUUAACAUUCUCACCAUUCAAAAAUAGUAAGUCAUACAACAAAAUCCCAGUUAAACGGAUAAUUUCAUAGCUAUUUGAUCCCCCUACCAUAUAGGACUAUAAUUUUUAAUGGAUCUGUUAAGUACACUUCAAGAAGGGAAAUGACUGCAUUGGUUCCCUUUUAGGGUAAAUUGGCACCUGCAAUAAUAUUGAGCUCAUCGAAGCAAAUCAUGCAUGCAAUGCAAUUAACCCCUUACUACUCAUUCAUUCCAGCCCCAUCUCUAUGACAUUUCAAAUGCUUGGGAAUAUAUGAUGGUCUAGGUCACUGUUUAAGGUGUUCAUGGCAUGGUGUGGGUCCCUGGUUGUUUAAAGAAAUUGUGGCACUACUACUUUCCAUAGUGUUUCUUUGAGGCUAUUAUGUGAAAUGAAGUACUUCUGAGCAGCCUCAGUGUAGUUCUGUCUCACUGACCUGUGUCUCACCACUGCACGCUUUAUGUUUUCACCCAUGCCUUCAGGAAAAAAAAAUGUGUGCUUGAAUGCAUGAUUUAUCAGCUUUCCUCUCUGCUCAGCAUUAAAGUGCUAAUGAUUUAUCAGUUCUAUUUUUCUAUUGAUUCAUUCAUCGUUGAAUAACAAAUAGCAGCUAGUGAUUCUGUUGAACACAACCCGGCGCAUGGAUUUAUUGAUUUCAAGUGAAAUUGCUGUAAUUUUAGUUCUCUGGUUUGAAAACUCAAGUGAAUGCGGCUGUAUCAAAUAGCUGCUCUCAAGCAACAUUCUGUAAUGGAAGAGUAUAGUGUAUUCCUUUAGUAUUCCAGGAACACUGGAUGAUAAAUACCAAUCAACAAUAACUUUAAUUGCUUUAAAAAUAAAAGCUGUUGAAUAGAAUUCAGACAUAAUUUAGCUUUCCUAGGAAAAUUAUGAUUAAAAUUACAAAUCCAGUACAGCAAUCAGUUGUUGUGGCAGUAAUAAUAGAAUGGUUAUUCAGUACUCUAGACCAAAAGAAUGCUCAAAACAACCACAAAUGCAUCACUGACAAAAUGUCACAUAACUCACCUUUUGGUGGUCUGUAUCUAUGAUUGCAGGUAGUAAAUAUUUUUACACAAAUUGAUGAGCUUUUCUAUAAUGGGCAGGCAGACCUUGGACCAAAGUAUUAUUCUGAAUCCACAAAUUAUUUUAUGUUCAGGCAGACACUUAGGCGGCAGCCAUUUCUCAAUCACUUGCAGCAUCUUUGCACUGGGAAAUGAUUAAAGAACUGGCCUGUAUGAUUUCAGGAACUGAAACAGUGGGCUCUGCUGCAUUUCAACCUAGCUGCAUGACCCCAGCCUGCUCUAGUAGGCACAACAUCUCAGUCCAUUGGAUUCAUGGGUAACACCAAUAAAUCUUCAAAAAGGAAUCAAAUUUGACUUUUCUAAACUCAUUUUUUUCCUUUUAGAUAAAUGAUGUGCUUGCCCUUUGAGUACACUACUCCUGGGGUUUGGAAAGUAGUUUUUUAAAAAUCUACUUUGAUGAUUUUGAAAUAAGAGAAGAUAUUCUCUUCUUUUUUAUGACAGCUUCAUGUGAAGAAUAUAUAUUUUAAGGAAAAUUCUAAAUGGAAAGUUCUAUGGCAUAUUAAAAUACUGAAUAAUGAAUGUUAGCUUUAAAAAAUGGAAACUUUUCUUCCAGGUGUGUGGGUGUUGGAGAUAUUGAGUCAACCUCUUUUAACCAUAGUAGGCAGAGUAGCGGUAAAGUUCUCAGUGAAGUGGUGUGACAAUGAAUACUGCAAUAACUUAAAAGGGUCAGAGGAUCUCAAGGAUGGAGUUUCAUACCCUGCUAAACACUGCCAUACCUUAAGUUGCUAAUGAGAGAAGACAGAUCCCAGAAUUUACCUAGAAAUGUACACUUUCAGGAAACAGGAAGGGUGAUAUCUAUGCAGAACCAGAACUUCAAAAGUCAUAUGUGUAUUUUUUCUCUUCCCAUCAUGUGUGUAUCAUAUGUAAUUGAUGUGGAAAUAUGAUCAGGUUUUUGUAAUAGGUGGGAAAAUCUUUUUACUUUGAAUGGGUCAUGUGAUCAUAUGCAUUCUAGAUGUAACUGAUUAGGGGUUCAGUCUAGAUAAUCUCCUGAAGGCAAAAUUGUAAAAGAGUGAGCACUAAUGGCUCAUUCACCCAUUCCCCAGUUUGGUCAAUUGUCUGUUUUUAGGGGAUGGGAGCAAGUAGAGUUUUCAGGGAAGAAUCUGUUUGAGUCUCAGGCUAUCUAUGCUGCUCAAACAAGAUAGGACUUUUUCAUGGUCCCUUUCCUUUUUCUGUUAGUGUUAGCUGGUUUUCUGUUGGUUUUGAAGAGAAAAGUGUACAAUUAUGGUACAUAUAACCCUUGAAGAACUAAUCAAUGGAUAACAUAUUCCACAUUAAAGAUAAAGCCCUUGUAAAGUAUACCGAGGCUGUGGAAUUUGAUAUUGAAUAUUGAUAUGAAUAAAUAAAUCUCAGAAAAGCCUUUCAUUCUGUAAAAGACCGAAAUCACACCCUUAAAACAGCCAAUUAAACUGCAUUGUGUUUAAAGGUUUGAGUAAAUUCUCAUUUGAACCUUUCUAUAUAUUCUUACUGUGUCUAAAACAUAGGGUUUGUUUAACUAAAGUACCUUAAUUAUUUUCUCAGAAAGUGUUAUGUACAAAUCCCAGUUUUUGAAAUAAAAGCGUUGACCAUUCA